CGGUUUGGAGGAUACGGGAACUCCAGAGAUUAAACAAGUGAAGCAGGAGACCAAGAACACAUCCCCGGCCUGCCAUGACGCAAAACUCCGCUAGUAAGCUUUUAAAUGGAGAUACCGUUCACCGGACGAAACAAGACAAGAAAGCGAACGGAAAUGGGUUCGUGAAGAGCCAUUGCGUGUUCCAGCAGCAGCAGAAGAGAUACCGCCGCCCGGCGGAGAAGAACCAUCAUGCUUCAUGCGCUUCACCGCUUUACAACAAGCCGUUUGCCGAGUCGUUUGAGGAGACGCCACUACUGGUGGCCGUCCUCACUUACGUGGGCUACGGCAUCCUUACCAUUUUUGGCUAUCUGCGAGAUUUCCUGAGGGACUGGAAGUUUGAGAAGUGUCAUCUGGCCAGAGAGAGAGAACAGCAGAAGGAUUUUGUUCCACUGUACCAGGACUUUGAGAACUUCUACACUAGGAAUCUGUACAUGAGGAUCAGAGAUAACUGGAACAGGCCCAUAUGCAGCGUCCCUGGAGCCAAGAUGGACCUGGUGGAGCGGGUCACACCUGACUACAAUUGGACCUUUGAACACACAGGCAAGGUUCUGAAGGAUGUUAUUAAUAUGGGCUCGUAUAACUACCUGGGCUUUGCUGAGAGCUCCGGCACAUGCGCCGACGCUGCCUCUGAGUGCACUGUGAAAUAUGGCGUGGGGGUGAGCAGCACCAGGCAGGAGAUGGGAAAUCUUGACAAGCACGAGGAGCUGGAGAAGCUGGUGGCCAGGUUUUUAGGGGUGGAGUCAUCCAUGGUGUUUGGAAUGGGCUUUGCUACAAACUCCAUGAAUAUUCCUGCGCUGACGGGAAAAGGCUGUCUGGUCUUAAGUGAUGAGCUCAAUCAUACGUCUCUGGUUCUGGGUGCCCGAAUCUCUGGCUCUACCAUCCGUGUAUUCAAACACAACAAUAUGCAGAGUCUGGAGAAGUUGCUUCGGGAUGCUAUCGUGCACGGCCAACCUCGAACCCACCGGCCCUGGAAGAAGAUCCUCAUCCUCGUUGAGGGAAUUUACAGCAUGGAGGGCUCAAUAGUACGACUUCCUGAGGUCAUUGCCCUAAAGAAAAAGUACAAAGCUUACCUGUACCUGGAUGAGGCCCACAGUAUCGGGGCACUAGGACCAAGAGGCAGAGGUGUGGUGGACUACUUCGGCCUGGAUCCAUCUGACAUUGACAUCAUGAUGGGCACUUUCACCAAGAGCUUUGGUGCUGCUGGAGGAUACAUCGGAGGAAAGAAGGAGCUGAUCGAUUACCUCCGGGUACACUCUCACAGUGCAGUUUAUGCUACCUCAAUGUCCCCACCAGUCACCCAGCAGAUUAUUGCUUCUAUGAAGUGCAUUAUGGGAGAGGAUGGCACCACAUUAGGUCAGGAAAGACUCUGUCAGCUGUCAGAAAACACAACCUACUUUCGCAGGAGAUUACAUGAGAUGGGUUUUAUCAUCUAUGGGAACAAUGACUCCCCUGUUGUACCCUUGAUGCUUUACAUGCCAGCUAAAAUCGGAGCAUUUGGGCGGGAGAUGCUGAAGAGGAACAUCGGGACAGUGGUGGUUGGGUUUCCCGCCACACCCAUCAUUGAAUCCCGUGCACGUUUCUGUGUUUCUGCCGCCCACACGAGAGAAAUGCUUGACACAGCUUUAAAUGCCAUCAGCGAAGUCGGGGAUCUUCUCCAGCUGAAAUACUCUAGAAAAAACAGGCCGGGGAGUGAAGGAUCUGACUGUUUUUCGUAUCUGGAGAGCCACCAGGACUAGCACUUUCUCACGACAGAGCCACAUGUUUUUUCCUCUUUGUCUGUUUUGUGUCUUAACUUAUUUGGCGUUUUCAUGUUGAUUCAUUUCAGUGGAUACUCAUUGAAGCCCACUACUUGACCAAAUUUCAAGUCUUACCCCUCUGGGUUCAGUAACCAAUAUUCAUUUCAACGUGCAAUAUCAACUUAAUAGAGACUUCACGUCUCUGUGUUCGGCAUAAGAAAUGACCCUGCAGAAAAAUUAAUGCCCAUUAGCAUGUUGUUCAACCUUC